AUGUCGGCACCGAAGCUAUCCAGCCGAACCCCAAGCUAUAGGAAGCCUGUCCCAAAAUUUAUCCCCUCACCUCCCGCUUCACCCCAUGGUUCACCGACGAGCUCUACAAGACGGUUUUCUUUUUCGCAUGCGUCUGUAAGUCAGGAUGCACCUCCUCUACCUCCCGACUGGCGCAACGCAAUUGACCGGGCAGUAUCUAGGGAGGGAAGAACGACGUCUGUUCUGCCUGCCAUUGACACAGUGGUGGGCCCAUCGAGCCACGACACCCAUGGGACCGACACCGAAUUCUCCACGGAAAGGCUGUCGCCCUCAACGCCUGACUGGGGGACCUCAGGAAUGAACUUCACCCCUCCUACACCCACUGAGAGCUGCCACGACGAGGAACUCGUGUCUCGUCCGAGUUCACCCACGCCUUGGGAACACCUAAUGCGCUCCACAGUAAAGCAACCGUCUUAUCAAGAGGAAUAUCGCCCACCGACGCCUCCACUCCCUAAUCAACGAAAAAGGCCCAGAUCAACUGAAUCUGGAUGUGACUCGCCAACGCCCACUAUCAUAUCACAGCUAGCACCCCACUCCACACUGCCCUUGGCUUCUGAGCACGGCGCGGCUCCGUCGAUCUCGAUUGAACCUCCACCUCUACCUCCCAAGUCAUCGCUGCCGACGCCCCCUGCAAGUCUGCUGACUCAUGAUCAUAUCUCGUAUCAUGCCGGGCAUGAUAAGUCUUCUCAACCUCCUCCCACGUACUCUCCUGGUCACGAUAGGCGUCCUUCCACUCUCAACUCGACACUUAAUUUCACUCUUAAUUCUGAUAAGUGGACCGAGGGCACUGCUCCCUCUGCUCAAGGCCUUAUAAACUUGAAGACGGAGGCUCCUGGGGACAGUGGCUCCGAGUUUCCUGCUGUUCGAGAUGUCGCUAGUCGUACGAAGCGCAGCUGGUGGCUCGGCUUCAAGCAUUUCAUGUCUAGUCUGUGUUGUUGGUAA